GCGUUCCUUCGGGCGGAGUUUGCCUGUACCCUAAAUUGUCCGGCAUGAGGUCACUUUGCCCGGUCACGUGCCCCUCCCCUCCGAAGCGCCACAUCACCUGCCGCACCCCUCCACCCCCACCACCCACGUGACCCGGCCUAGUUUCUCCGGGCAGGGCCCAACGCUCUCGGGAAACCCCGCCCCGCGCCGCGCUCGGCCCGCGAAGCUCCGCCCCUCACCCGCCCUGGCUCGCGCGUGGCACCGGGCUCCACGUGUUUCUGCCUGUCCAAUGAACGUUGGCGGCCGGAGUGAAGCGGCCGGGAGGAAGAAGGCUUGCUUACGUCGCGCCAGGGGGGCGGGGCUUGCAACGUAGGCCAGAACGAGGGGACGCUAAGGAGGCAGGUCGGAGCCGCUGCCGUCGUCGCCAUGACCCGCGGUAACCAGCGUGAGCUCGCCCGCCAGAAGAAUAUGAAAAAGCAGAGUGACUCGGUUAAGGGAAAGCGCCGAGAUGAUGGGCUUUCUGCUGCCGCUCGCAAGCAGAGGGACUCCGAGAUCAUGCAGCAGAAGCAGAAAAAGGCAAACGAGAAGAAGGAGGAACCCAAGUAGCUUUGUGGCUUCGUGUCCAACCCUCUUGCCCUUCGCCUGUGUGCCUGGAGCCAGUCCCACCAUGCUCGAGUUUCUUCCUGUAGUGCUCACAGGUCCCAGCACCGAUGGCAUUCCCUUUGCCCUGAGUCUGCAGCGGGUCCCUUUUGUGCUUCCUUCCCCUCAGGUAGCCUCUCUUCCCCUGGGCCACUCCUGGGGGUGAAGGGGUUACCUCUUCCCAGUGUUUUUUAUUCCUGUGGGGCACACCCCAAAGUAUUAAAAGUAGCUUUGUAAUUCCUUGA